AUGGCCGAUAAGUUUGAUUAUCACAUGAUUACUUUCAGAUUCCAUGAUAAAAUCAAAGGAGAUAGUGUGGUUAAGGUCAAAUACAAAAUAGAUGGAACACAAGUACCAGGGGAGCUUAGCUCUAAGAAGGGUGAUAAGGUGACUGACACGAAUGGAAGAUCCUUGAAAGCAAAAGUUUUAUCAAGAGUGUUCCCAGAGGACUAUGAGAGAGUGAAGAAAAAGAUACUGGAUCCUCGAGGACCAACCAUACAUCGGUGGAACAAAAUCUUUUUAGCAGCAUGUUUAGUUUCUUUGUUUGUGGAUCCUCUCUUCUUUUAUUUGCCAGUAGUUCGAGACGAUGCUUGCAUAGAUAUUGGAUAUACCCUUGAGGUUGUUCUUACUAUUAUAAGAUCAAUUGCCGAUAUAUUCUACAUGAUUCAGAUAUAUUUUCGGUUUCAUACUGCUUAUGUUGCUCCUUCCUCUCGUGUAUUUGGGAGAGGAGAGCUUGUCAUAGACUCUUCUAAGAUUGCAUCAAGGUACUUGAGCAAAGGUUUUUGGAUUGAUUUCAUUGCUGCACUGCCCCUUCCCCAGGUAUUAAUUUGGGUAGUUAUCCCCAAUCUAGGGGGUUCAAUAAUGGUAAACACGAGAAACGUCCUUCGCUUUAUUAUCAUUUUUCAGUACCUCCCGAGACUUUUCCUUAUAUUUCCACUCUCGACACAAAUUGUCAAGGCUACUGGUGUUGUGACAGAGACCGCUUGGGCAGGGGCUGCCUACAACUUGAUACUUUACAUGUUAGCAAGUCAUGUUUUAGGAGCUUGUUGGUACCUUCUAUCUGUCGAGAGGCAAGAAGCAUGCUGGAGACAGGCCUGCAGUUUUGAUAAGCCUUAUUGUGAAUACAGAUUCUUUGAUUGCCAGAGGGUUGGAGAUAGUGAUAGAAUUUCAUGGUUCCAAUCAAGUAAUGUCACAAAUUUGUGCAAUCCAAACAGUGGCUCUUAUCCAUUCGGUAUUUAUGGUGAUGCAGUGACAUCGGAAGUUACUUCCUCAAUGUUCUAUAAAAAGUACUUCUACAGUCUUUGGUGGGGCCUGAAGAACCUAAGUUCUCUCGGGCAGAGUCUUUUCACAAGCACUUAUGUUGGAGAAAUAAGUUUUGCCAUCAUAGUAGCAACUCUGGGUUUGGUUCUCUUUGCGUUGCUCAUUGGGAAUAUGCAAACCUACCUCCAAUCUACAACAGUUCGGUUGGAAGAAUGGAGGAUCAAGAGAACUGAUACAGAACAAUGGAUGCGUCACAGGCAACUACCCCAAGAAUUAAGGCAGUCUGUACGAAAAUAUGAUCAAUAUAAGUGGGUGGCUACUCGAGGAGUUGAUGAAGAAGCUAUUCUUAAAGGCCUCCCUUUGGAUCUCCGAAGAGACAUCAAGCGCCACCUAUGCUAUGAUCUAGUUCGACGAGUUCCAUUGUUUGAUCAAAUGGAUGAAAGGAUGAUAGAUGCGAUAUGUGAGAGGCUUAAACCAGCCUUGUCCACCCAAGGCACUACCCUAGUGAGGGAGGGGGACCCUGUUAAUGAAAUGCUCUUCAUAAUUCGAGGAAACCUAGAUUCUUACACCACAAAUGGUGGCCGUACUGGAUUCUUCAAUUCAUGUCGAAUUGGUCCAGGCGAUUUCUGUGGAGAAGAACUGUUGACAUGGGUGCUUGAUCCACGUCCCAGUGUCAUCCUUCCUUCAUCUACUCGAACAGUUAAAGCCAUUUCCGAAGUAGAGGCAUUUGCGCUCAUAGCAGAUGACUUGACGUUCGUAUCAUCGCAGUUUCGAAGGCUACACAGCAAACAACUCAGGCACAAGUUCAGAUUUUACUCACACCAUUGGCGAACAUGGGCAGCUUGUUUCAUACAAGCAGCGUGGCGUCGGAAUAAAAAGCAUAAGAGUGCAGCAGAACUCGAGGCUCUAGAGGAUCUGGUAGUUGCUGAAUCUGUACAGUUACAUGGAAAAUUGGAGGUAAAUGUGCCACCACCAGGGUCAGGCUUGGCUCUAUAUGCAGCAAGGUUGGCAGCAAGCACUAGGAAGGGUGUUAACAUGGACUUUGGGUCAGAUUCCAGUGCCAUGAAUUCCCUGCAGAAGCCACCAGAACCUGAUUUUUCUGUAGAUGAGGAAUGAAUGAUUGGACAAUUAACAUCAUACAAUUGAUCGAAUAAUGUGUAUUGAUUUUUCUUCAUUUGAUACUGUUUGGAC